CUGCCGGAGCGGCCCAAGAUGGAGCACGGGGACGCACCGCUGCCCAGGCUCAGGCGCGCGGUGCCGCGGGGGCCGGAGCCGCGCGACACGGGGCCGCCGCAGCCGCCUCUCAGGGGCAGCGCCACGGGCGAAGAGUCUGCAGCUGUGGAGAAGAAAAGAACGACUAUUACCCGACUGAAUAUUCAUUCUGCAUUCUGGAUUUUGGCAUCGUUUGCUGUGACAUACUACUUUGAUUUUUUUAGAACUGUGAAAGAAACUUUUCAAGCAGAUAGCUGGUGGUUUGCCUCUGGCAGUUGUUUAUUGAUUGCAUGUUCAUCUGUUGCCUUUUACUGCAUACUGUAUCUUGAGUGGUAUUGUGGAAUUCAGGACUAUGAUGCACAGUAUCCAGCACUGAUACCUAUCACAGUAGCUACCUUUAUUGCAGCAGCAAUUUGUUUCAAUGUUGCCUUUUGGCCUGUCUGGUCUUUCAUGACACCUUUGUUGCUCUUCAUUCAGUUUAUGGGUGUUGUGAUGCUUGUGUCACUCCUGGGAUAAGUCCUCCAGCUUAUGUGAAGGACCCGAGUAACUGUUAUAUUGCAAAGUGGAUGUCACUUCUGUAACAUUCCAGUACAUUUAUUAUUUCCAAUACUGCUUGUUUGCUCUAACUGAUACUGUAAUUCUUAGACUACCUGAUUUAUAAAUCAAAUGGACAUAAGCUAUCAUAGGUCAACCAGUAGCUGGGAAAAAGCAGCUGAUCAGUGAAUCAUUGAAAGAUAGACAGGUUUUACCUCUCUUGGUAACAUAAAACUCUUAUCACUGCUUUGUAUAUCUUUUGUUCUUAUUUCAAUAUUAAGCAGAUGGGUUCAACAAGGUCAAGUGCUGGGUCCUGUGCUCGGGCCACAACAGCCCCAUGCAAUGUGACAGGUUUGGAGAAGAGUGCCUGGAAACCUGUCCAGCAGAAAGGGACCUGAGGGUGUUGAUUGACAGCCGGCUGAACAUGUGCCAGCGUUGUGCCCAGGUGGCCAAGAAGGCCAACAGCAUCCUGAUGUGUUUGAGAAACAGUGUGGCCAGCAGGAGUAGGGAAGCGAUUGUGCCCCUGGACUCACUACUGGCACUUCAAAUACUGUGUUCGGUUUUGGGCCCCUCAUUACAAGAAAGACAUUGUGGUGUAGGAGUGUGUCCAGAGAAGAGCAGCAAAGCUCUUUAUGAAAGUUCUGGAGCACAAGUCUUAUGAGGAGUGACUGAGGGAACUAGGGCUGUUUAGUCUGGAAAAAAAGAGGCUGAGGGGAGACCUUAUCACUCUCUACAAGUACUUGAGAGGAGGUUGUGGUGAGAUGGAUGUUGGUCUCUUUUCCCAAGUAACAAAUGGUGGCAUGAGAGGAAACGGCCUCAAGUUGUGCCAGCGGAGGUUUAAACUGGAUAUUAGGAAAUAUUGCUUCACUAAAAUGGUUGUGAAGUAUUGAAACAGGCUGCCCAGGGAAGUGGUCGAGUCCCCAUCUGUGGAGGUAUUUAAAAGGUGUGUAGAUGUGGCAUUUCGGGACUUGGUUUAUUAGUGGACUUGGCAGUGAUGGGUUUACGUUUGGACUCAAUAAUCUUAAUGAUCUUUUCCAACCUAAAUGAUUCUGUGAUUCUUUCUUAAUAAGUUGGUUAUAUAGUCCUAAAUCCUAUUUCCGGACUCCAGAGGUCACCUAAUCUGACUUCCUACUCAAAGCAGGUUGUUUGGUUUUGAAAGUAAUUGAUUGAUAAUUGAAGUGUGUGUGGUUUUAAUACUAUCAUUUGAAUUGACAGCUAAAAUAUCAUUAUCUGUAAUCUGUGUUUGUAUUUGUAAAUUUACUUAUAGAUGACACUGGAGACAUUUCAGAUCUAUUACAUAUCUAAUGUUACAUUUUCUACAUGAUAACACACAUUUUGUUACCUAAUCUCUUGACUUCAGAUAUGCUAGUGUUUGAAAAAUGGUACAGAUCAGGGUAAGGGCCUAGAAAACUGGUUCAUGUUUACAUCAUUGUUAAUUUGGCAAGUGCCAUCAGUAAAAUAAAUAGGUUCUACUUGUGCUGAUGCAGUUUGUCCAUAGCCAAAGGUGGAUGAUCAAGCUGUGAAUAACCAGCAAUAUAAUGAACAAUAUUGACACUACACAAGAAAUUAAAAGCACAAAAUAAAUUUUUUAUUUAUGCACUAUUUUUCAGUAUUCAGUAUAUUUUUCUUCUGUAUAUAAUUUUUCAUUCUUAGCAGUGCCUGUUAGUGAAGUUGCCAUUUUUCUUCCUCAGCAAUCAAAAGGACGAUAUUAACUUAAACGCUGUCAGUCAUACAGGAUUGGGAAAAUAACAUUGUCUGUCUCUUCACCUUGGCUAAGCUACUUAAAUGUCUGUAAGCCUGAGCAUCAUCUAGUUGUUAGACCAUUUUAUUUAGAUCUUUGUGUUAAAUACUUUCACACCUGCACCUUUUGGAAGAUAGGAGAAUGUGGAGGCUGGGUACUGAAACUUGUUAAAAUUAACUCCUUGUGACUUGCUAAGGUGUGGACUGUUAAAGGAGACUGUGUUCUUCAUUCUGACCUUCAAAUUCGCAACAUUGCUGAACAGAAAAUA